CAUUUUCCACUGAUGUGGAAGGUAAUAUCACUGACAAGGGUCAGAAUUUACUCUUCUAUUUACUUUUUCUACAAGCUUGACAAAAACUGUGAGUUAUUAGAGUGAUGUGAUGUUAAUUUAAAAAAACCCAAACACUUUUGAUGUAAACAUAUCAAUCUAACUGCAUAAUUGGAAAAUGCAAAGAUAACAGCUUACAGUGAGAUGUCUCUGAUUAUCUUCAAGAAUGUAGAUAUUAGCAACUGAGUUUGGUUCACGUCUCAUCCAAGAGGUUUCUGCAGUUGUAUGUGAAGGUUUGACCCCUGAUUGGAACGACCUGCAGCUGAUGAAAGACACGCCUUUCCCUUCAAUCACCACAUCAUCACCACACAGCAUGUGUGAAGUCACCUGCGGUUUAAAUGCCGGUGAAUCCUGGAGGAAGAGAGAUGGCCAUGAUGGGAGUUUUGGCCGCAGUGAUGAUAUUGAUGUUUGCGAUCUGUACAGGAUUUGCAAAGACGUCUGCAGAAUCUGGGUUAAAAAGUCAAGUCCCACUGGAUCUGGCUCUGAAUGCAGUGGAUGACAUGUACACUGGUUGCAAGGACAAGAUGGACUACAGGGUGAGGAAGCUGUAUCUGCCAAAUGAGAAAAACGGCGACAAAAAUUUCACCCUGGCCUGGGUCGAAGCCGAGAAAAACUACAACAAAAAAUGGAAGCGUAAGAAGGGAAUGAAACCUUCCUCUGGACUGGGUAAAGAACAGAUCAUGGCUAUUUAUGUUUACACUCUCGACAAACCAAAGGUCUACCUUGAUUUCAAUGAUGCCGUUCGAAGCAACAGGUCUGUGUACUUGACCAAGUUCAGGUAUCACGCACUUCACUUUUUCCUGACCUAUGCUCUUCAAACGCUCAACUCCCGAAAACCUGAAGCCGAGAGAUGCGUGACUGGCUACCGCAGAGCAAACCGCUGCUUUGGACAAGACGUCCUCAACAAGGUGAUUCGCUUUGGCUCCUUUACCUCCAGCUCGAUGGGUUGGUACCCAAGCGCUGAUCGAUUCGGCGACAAGUCUUGCUUUGAGAUUGUGACAUGCUUCGGAGCGGACAUCUCGCUGUUCUCAAAGCUCGGAGAGUCCGAGAGGGAAGCGCUGAUUCCUCCCCAUGAGGUUUUUAAAGUAACAAGAAUAGAGAGGAGAGCUGAUCACAAGAAUCUGCCAUGUGACGUCGUGUAUAAACUGAAGAGCACAGGCACGACUCUCUCCAAUUUAAACUGUGCACUUUUUCGCAAACAUGCGGCGCCAUUGGUUAAAGAAGGAUGAGAAUAACUCUUUUGUCAUUUUGUGACUUAUGUUGGAGUUUCUAUUCAUUAGGAUCACCUUUCUA